CUGAACUGGUGGGGACAGGCUGGGCCCGGGGCCUGGUCUCUAUGGAGGCCUGGCCUUUAUGUCACCUCGGGGACUAACCCACUCCCCAGUAAAAGAGGGCACAUAGGGGGCUUGUUCAAAUAUCCUGAAAUCUCCCUCUGAGGCCGGGCAGUGGUUGACUGGAACCCAGGCCCCAGGUUGGCCAGGAGCAGCCCCUCACGUUGAUUCUCCCCAGGUCUUUCAGCCAGUGGCAUUUUGGGGUCUAAGGCGCCAUGGCCCAGGCCCUGGGGGAGGACCUAGUGCAGUCUUCUGAGCUGCAGGAUGAUUCCAGCUCUUUGGGGUCUGACUCAGAACUGAGUGGGCCUGGCCCCUAUCGCCAGGCUGACCGCUACGGCUUCAUUGGGGGCAGCUCAGCAGAGCCAGGGCCAGGUCACCCCCCUGCAGACCUUAUCCGCCAAAGAGAGAUGAAAUGGGUAGAGAUGACCUCACACUGGGAGAAGACCAUGUCCCGACGGUACAAGAAGGUAAAGAUGCAGUGCCGGAAGGGCAUCCCUUCAGCUCUGCGGGCCCGGUGCUGGCCUCUGCUGUGUGGGGCUCAGGUGUGUCAGAAGAACAGCCCUGGCACCUAUCAGGAGCUGGCAGAAGCCCCUGGAGACCCACAGUGGAUGGAGACCAUUGGCAGAGACCUACACCGUCAGUUCCCUCUACAUGAGAUGUUUGUGUCACCCCAGGGUCAUGGGCAGCAGGGGCUCCUGCAGGUUCUCAAGGCCUACACCCUGUAUAGACCGGAGCAGGGCUAUUGCCAGGCCCAGGGCCCUGUGGCGGCUGUGCUGCUCAUGUACCUGCCUCCGGAGGAGGCCUUCUGGUGCUUGGUGCAGAUCUGCGAGGUCUACCUUCCUGGCUACUAUGGGCCCCACAUGGAGGCUGUGCGUCUGGACGCGGAGGUCUUCAUGGCCCUGCUACGGCGGCUGCUCCCACGUGUGCACAAGCACCUGCAGCAGGUGGGCGUCGGGCCCCUGCUCUACCUGCCUGAGUGGUUCCUGUGCCUCUUCGCCCGCUCCCUGCCAUUCCCCACGGUGCUGCGCAUCUGGGAUGCUUUCCUCAGCGAGGGUGCCAAGGUGCUGUUCCGAGUGGGGCUGACACUGGUGCGCCUGGCACUGGGCACUGCAGAACAGCGCAUGGCCUGCCCAGGACUCCUGGAGACGCUUGGUGCCCUUCGAGCUAUCCCUCCCGCUCAGCUGCAGGAAGAGGUCUUCAUGUCCCAGGUACACAGCGUGGCCCUGUCAGAGCGGGACCUGCAGCGGGAGAUCAGGGUCCAGCUGGCCCAGCUGUCCAAGUCAGCAUCUGAGCCACUACCUCGGCCACAGGCCCGCCUUCCUGGGGCCCAGGCCAUCUUCGAGGCCCAGCAGUUGGCAGGGGCACGAGGGAGUGCCAGGCCUGAGGUACCUCGAAUCGUGGUGCAGCCCCCAGAGGAGACCACGCCACCACGACGCAAACCCCAGACUCGUGGCAAGACUUUCCAUGGGCUCCUGACUCGGUCCAGGGGACCCCCCAUGGAGGGUGCCCCCAGGCCCCAUCGAGGUUCUGCCUCCUUUUUGGACACCCGCUUCUGAAGGUGCCAUGGACUCAGUCCCCAGUCCCAAUCACCUGAGUGGCUGAUGCCAGCCCUGACUGUGAGCACUGUACUUUACUGCUGGGAUUUGGUGACUCAUCUUUGUUCCCAGUGAGGACCAUGCAGAGUGGGACUUUAUGGACUGUGUCGGGCAUGAGAUCAAAGGUCACAGAAGGGGGCAUGUGGGGCAGGCUGGCCAACCACCUGUGAACCUGUCUUGGUGCCUGUAUCAAAGAGCUGGAAGAUUGUGGGGUGAGGCUGCUGGCUGGACUAAGGGACCCUUGAGGGCUCCUGGAGGACCUGGAAUAAAGUCUGACUGAGCAGAUGCCUGGAUGGAUCGGCAGAAGCCCUGCGCCCUGUCCCUGGACCUGCCACCCCUUCCCCUCCUGCCCUCACCCACCCUCCAGACCUGCCCUCUCCUUUCUGACUGGGGACUCCCUGAGGCUGCCCAUUGGCUUCUGGGGAAGCUGUUUACCAGCAAGAGAGCUGUGCUGGUAAACCACCUUGCUCCGGCCUCUUGGGGGCAGGUAAGGCUCGUGCACCUUGGGAGGAGGGCUCCCCAGUGGCCGCUGGGCCCAGGAGUCGGGGCUAGUCUCUAUUCCACCCCUCAUUCCCCUCCCCCUAGGCUGGUUCAGGACUCCCCCGGGUGGAGGGACUCCCACCCACUUCCGUGCCCCCUCACCCAUGCUCCUGGUCCUGUCAGUCAGAGGGAGCCAGAAAGAACAAAGGCCUAGUGUGCCCCGGACAAAGGAGAAAGGUCCCGCCAGCUCUUGUCUCUCCCUAAGCCCCAGUGCUCCCCCUCGAGACCGCCACCAUGGAAACCCCCUCCCACACUCACUAAUUGCCCCCGUGGGUGCCUGGGGUGCUUGGGACAUGAGCCACUGUCAAGACAACAGGACUGGUGCCCGUGUCCCCACAGUGCCCAUCCCCAUCUCCCUGUUGCCUGCCCUGGCAGUUCCUUAACAGGCCACGGGUAAAGAACAGAGCAGGGGCACAGGAGGAAGUGUCUGGAGGCCCAGGCUUCCAUGGGGACAGCCCGUCACCAUGACUGUGCUGGCCAUUGGCAUGGCCCCUGUCAGAGUCUGAAACUGGAGCGUUCUGUCUACCCACAGGCUGCAGAAAUGCACUCAACCUGUAUGUUCUGUGGCACCCACUAGGGGCCUGGCCAGGCCUGGGUGCAGCAGACCUGUCCCACUCCCACAGAGCCUGCUGCCUGGAGGAGGGACUCCUGGAGGGCCAGACCCAUAUCUGUAGUUUCUCUGGGGAAACUGAGGCUCAGGAGAGGAGGAACUUGACCCAAGGCCUACGAUGACCCAAGAUUUACUCCAGGCCCUGCCCUUGGCAGCCCAUGAACCAGCCCCCCUGGAUCCCCACCUUGGCCUGCCCUCCUGGACGUCCUCUGUGCUUCUUCACUCCCUUCCUGAGCCAGCCCAGGCUCCAGCUCUCCUGCCUGUGGGGCGGCAGUGGGGACCUCCAGGGUCCUCCUGCUUUCCUCUUCCCAGCUCACUGGAU